AUGUCGGAAGUAGACGGUCAAUUUGUAAAGCGGGGGUUGUGGACAAACCUUGAUCAAGGAAACAUCAUGGGCAAGACAAUCACCACUGAUAGCACCACUGGAAUGAUUAUAAUCGCAAUGUUGGCUGUGAUGUCGACUGUCGGGACUUCGCAUUUAUGGAGCCUCUUAUUGUUCGGCCACCACCAACUCAGGGCAAACGGCCAACCCUCUGACGGUCUUUUCUACCAGCAGCAAGCCAUAUUGCGGACACUACCUCCCCCAAGCUCAUUGAUGGCCGAGUCUACCAAGCUAUGGUGGUUUUGGCGGCGAAAAAAUGACAGAGUUCUAUCACGGUCCAUCUCCCAAUUCUUGCUGGCCACUUCUUGCACGGUAGGAUUCAUCGCGGCUAGUAUCUCAACUUCUUUUGUGAUGAAUACCUCUGACUUGGAGGUACUUGUUCGAAGUCCAUCAUGCGGUCAUCUCAACGACACAAUGACGCUCGAGGCAAGGCGGGACAGCACAACCGCCCUAUCAUCGGUCUCCACACCAUAUGCUGAAGAGUGUUAUCGUCGUCAAUCUACACCUUCAGCAAGGUGUAAGGCUUAUGUUCAUCCAAGGAUAUCGUUUAAGACUGAAAGAGUCCAUUGCCCCUUCAAUGAGACAAUGUGCGUUGAAAACAAUGACAAAGAUUUGCCCGCGGUUGCGCUUGAUUCCGGCCUCCUGGACGUUGGCACUACCUAUGGAUUGAAUCUCCCCAAAUCUGAUCACGUCAGCUACCGCAAGAGAACGACGUGCUCAGUACUGCCGCUAGCUGGCCACACGGAACUCGUAGACACUGAUGAUGUUCCUACGAACUUUUUAGGUCGGGAUGCUUACCCUGGUGAACAAGCCAUGCUUCUUUAUUAUGGGGAGCGGUACAGUUCGGUCGAGUCUGUGAACUACACAAGGGGUGUUAGUCUACUAAGUACAAAUCUUUCUUCGGGCUUUAAUGUAGUUGCUAAUGUUUUUCGUCUCGACUGGGAGCGGCAGGGAAACCAUCAAUCAAUCGUGCCACUGGAAAGCAUGCACCGAGACGAUGCAGACUUGCUGCUUGUGUUCCUGAUCGCAUCAGUUAAAUAUGUAAGGCCCGUAGAUGACCCAUGGUUCUCUGCGCACAAACAGGUCAUCGUGUAUGACCCGACAAGAGCAGCAGAUGCAACAGUAUAUCAUCCAGAUAGUCCAGUUAGAGUGCUGGGCUGCGCCGUUCAGCUAGACGCACUGCCCAUCAGCCGUAAGUUGCCGGAAUGGGAAGAGGCAAGCCUGUUGCAACAGUCUGUCCUAGACUUGUUGACGAGGACCAGUGCAGCGACGGAUAUGCAUGAUGUCACUCAACUUCGGGCUUCACAGAAAAUCAGAUAUGGUGGGAAUAUGUUUGUAGAUGUUCCGUCGGACCAGUGGGUUGAUGAAGUCGAGGGAAUGGAGUCUUAUGUGUGGGCCGCCUCGCAAGUUUCAGUAGCUGACUACGCCAUCGGCCAUGGAAUCCGUAACCCGGAUAUGGCUGAAUGGGUAGUUGCGCCUACCACUCCUGGAGACAAGAAGUUGUGCGGCUGCCUAAAGAUGCGUAAGCAAGGUGGAUUCGUUACAAGCAACAUCAACGUCUUCGGCAUGGUUUUCGUAAUCACUGUUUCUGCAAUCUUCGCUAUACUGGACAUCACACUCCUCAAAGUACUCGUCUUUCUGGACAGCUUCAGAACCAUGUUUAGCCCUCGGAUCGAUCGUUGGAUCCAGGACGGUGUUCUGCAACUGCAGCGUCGAGCCUACGAAGCUGAGGGACAGGGCACAUGGUCAAACCUCAAGCGCGAUAUUCCAUUGACCAGGGAAAAAGAAAUUCUGACAGAAUUACCUUUGCAGUCUGGCACAAAGGCACGUAUUUACACAAGUGCUUCAUCAAUGACUGUAACUUCAGUCGAGUAUCCGCUCCUGUGCAACGGCCGAUCUCAAGCUAUUACUGGAGAUUGUGCAUAA